AUGCGUGAAUGGCAGCAUAAAUGUAAUCAUACCAUGAACAACAGAGCAAGUAAAAUCCAUCAGCUCAGGCAGGAGCUGAAGAACUUGAGGCAGCAGUACAAGGCUGCAAGCGAAGAGGAGAGGGGACCGCUUGCGGAGCUACGCAGCAUAAUCCGCAAAAAGCUGAUGACCCUGAGGAGAGCGGAGUGGCAUAGGAGGAGGAGGAAGGAGAGGUUCAGGAGGAGAGCUGCCUUUCUAGUGAACCCAUUUGGAUUUACAAAACAGCUGCUAGGACAGAAGCGUAGCGGCCAACUCACCUGCUCUAAAGCUGAGGUUGACCACCACCUCAAGCAAUCCUACAGUGAUGAGUACAGAGAGCAAGACCUAGGCCCCUGCAGGUUCCUGAUCAAUCCACCUGCACCGGCUACGGACUUUAACGGGAAAGAGCCAGGCUGGAAGGAGGUGGUUAGAAGGGCAAGGGCAAACUCCGCUCCAGGGCCCAGUGGAGUACCGUAUAAGGUUUAUAAGAACUGUCCAAGACUACUCCACAGACUCUGGAAGAUCCUGAAGGUGAUUUGGAGGAGGGGAAAGGUAGUAGACCAGUGGAGACAGGCAGAGGGUGUGUGGAUCCCGAAGGAGGAGAAGUCUCAGAAGAUCGAGCAGUUCAGGACCAUCUCACUGCUGAGUGUUGAAGGAAAGAUUUUCUUCAGCCUCAUUUCCAGGCGACUGACAGACUACCUCCUGAAGAACUCCUACAUCGAUACAGCAGUCCAGAAGGGAGGAAUCCCAGAGGUAUCUGGAUGUCUGGAGCAUACAGGUGUGGUCACUCAGCUUAUCAGGGAAGCCAGGGAGAACAAGGGGGACCUGGCUGUGCUGUGGCUGGACCUCGCAAAUGCCUAUGGAUCCAUACCCCAUAAACUGGUCGAAGAGGCGCUGAACCGGCAUUAUACCCCGAAGAAGUUCAGAGACCUCAUCCUGGACUACUAUACCAACUUCCAUAUGAGAGUCUCCUCCGGAACAACAACCUCAGACUGGCACAAGCUUGAGAAGGGAAUCAUCACUGGCUGUACAAUCUCAGUCAUCCUUUUUGCACUCGCCAUGAACAUGCUGGUGAAAUCUGCGGAGAUGCAGUGCAGGGGGCCCCUCUCGAAGUCUGGAGUUAGACAGCCACCCAUCCGAGCCUUCAUGGAUGACCUGACAGUGACCACAACAUCUGUCCCAGGCUGCAGGUGGAUCCUGAACGGCCUCCAGGAGCAGAUGUCCUGGGCUCGCAUGAACUUCAAGCCGGCUAAGUCAAGGUCCCUCGUGCUGAAGAAAGGGAAGGUCACUGACAAGUUCCACUUCUCACUUGGCACCACCAAGAUACCAUCACUGACAGAGGAACCUAUGAAGAGCCUGGGGAAGGUGUUCAAUUGUAGCCUGAGGGAUGCAGCUUCCACAAAAGCGACCAACCAAGACUUGGAGACCUGGCUGGCCGCGGUGGACAAGUCUGGCCUUCCUGGCAAGUUCAAGGCCUGGAUUUACCAGCAUGGCAUCCUCCCUCGGAUCCUCUGGCCCCUCCUGGUGUAUGAAGUCUUCAUUUCAACGGUGGAGGGCUUUGAGAUGAGGAUUAGCAGGUUUUUGCGCAGGUGGCUGGGACUGCCUCGAAGCCUGAGUAGCAUUGCACUAUAUGGGCAGAACAACAAGCUGAAGCUUCCCAUGAGCAGCCUGAGUGAGGAGUUCAUGGUGACGCGGUCCAGGGAGGUCUUACAGUAUCGGGAUUCCAGUGAUCCAAAGGUUGCCCAGGCUGGGAUUGAGGUCAGGACAGGGCGGAAGUGGAGGGCUGCCGUGGCAGUGGACGACGCAGAGUCAAGGCUACGGCAAAGGGUGUUGGUGGGCUCAGUGGCACAUGGGAGAGCUGGCCUGGGCAGCAGAAGAACUCCUCGCUAUGACAAGGUAGAAGGGAAAGAGAGGAGGUCCCUGAUCCUGGAGGAGGUGCGUGCAGGAGUUGAGGAGAAACGAGCUUGCCAGAUGGCUGGGAUGUGGCAACAGGGUGCCUGGACAAGAUGGGAGCGAACAGUGGAGCGCAAAGUCACAUGGACUGAGCUUUGGAAGGCUGAACCCUACAGGAUAAAAUUCCUGAUCCAGGCGGUCUACGACGUGUUGCCAAGUCCAUCCAACCUCUUCUCCUGGGGAAAGGUGGAGACACCAGCAUGCCCCCUAUGCCAGAGGAGAGGAACAUUGGAACACAUCCUGAGCUGCUGUCCAAAAGCCCUGGGCGAAGGGCGGUACCGCUGGCGGCAUGACCAGGUCCUAAAAGCCGUGGCGGAUUCUAUCUGCAGUGGAAUUAGCCACAGCAAGAGCCUUCGCCCAGUGAAGACCACAGCCUUUGUCAGAGCUGGGGAGAAGUCAAUACCAGCUGCCGGGGCACCUCCUUGGCCUGUUGGCAACGUGCGCGACUGGGAGCUGGCAGUUGAUCUGGGCAAGCAGCUGAAGUUCCCUGAAGCAGUUUCCAUAACAACAUUAAGGCCUGACAUUGUGCUCACCUCAGAGGCCUCCAAGCAGGUGAUUCUCUUAGAGUUAACAGUGCCUUGGGAGGACCGUAUGGAGGAGGCCAACGAAAGAAAGAGGGCAAAGUACUCCCAGCUUGUGAAGGGUUGCCGGAGCAAUGGGUGGCAGGCAAUAUGCCAACCUGUCGAAGUGGGAUGUCGAGGGUUUGUGGGCCAUUCCCUUUGCAGGGCCUACAAAAUGCUUGGCAUCACAGGGGCGAGUGAGCGAAGGGCCAUCAAGUUGGCCACUGAUGCUGCAGAAGUAGCAUCAAGGUGGCUGUGGAUCAGGAGAGGAGAGGCAUGGCGUGUAGGGUAG